AUGGGGCUCAUCUCCGUAAUCCGAGGUCCUCUUCCCGAGCUGAUCAGCAACGCUGAUUCCAUCCGAGACCUGAUUUCCCUCUUGCUCGGGAACCUCAUGUCGUCACAGGUCCCAGGCACUAGAAAUGAAAACAGUGACCUCUGGGUAGAGGAGGACAGCCUGUUCCCGAGGUGUGGGAAGACCGACGCCCACAGGCCGAGUUCUCUGGUCUCCUCGGAGCAGAUUGAGCAGCUGCACCGGAGGUUUAAGCAGCUGAGUGGAGACCAGCCCACCAUCCGCAAGGAGAACUUCAACAAUGUCCCCGACCUGGAGCUCAACCCGAUCCGAUCCAAAAUCAUCCGUGCCUUCUUUGACAACAGGAACCUGCGCAAGGGGCCCAGCGGCCUGGCCGACGAGAUCGACUUCGAGGACUUCCUGACCAUCAUGUCCUACUUCCGGCCCAUCGACACCACGCUGGGCGAGGAGCAGGUGGAGCUGUCUCGGAAAGAGAAGCUGAGAUUUCUGUUCCACAUGUACGACUCGGACAGCGACGGCCGCAUCACCCUGGAAGAAUAUCGAAAUGUGGUGGAGGAGCUGCUCUCCGGAAACCCCCACAUCGAGAAGGAGUCGGCCCGCUCCAUCGCUGACGGGGCCAUGAUGGAGGCGGCCAGCGUGUGCGUGGGGCAGAUGGAACCGGAUCAAGUGUAUGAGGGGAUCACCUUCGAGGACUUCCUGAAGUCGAGAUCUCAGAGGAACCUGCCUGCUUUGGCCCUGGACAUCCUCAAGACGGCGUCUCCACGGCCUUCCUGGGAGCUGCGGGGGCCAAGGAGGCCCAACAGUACUGGAGAGGCUCGGGGCCCAGCCGCACAGCACCAGAUCUGGCAGGGAAUCGACAUCGAGACCAAGAUGCACGUCCGCUUCCUCAACAUGGAGACCAUCGCCCUCUGCCACUGACCCACCGCUGCCUUCCAGAGAAGCCUCGGAGAGAGGGACAGCCUGGCCCGGCCUCCGCUGCGGCUCCUGUAAAUAGUGGACAGGGUUCGUGUCCCCUGUGCCAUCCAGGCUGUGGUAUGUGGGACUUUGCAAUUUUUAUCUCUAAUGACAAUAAAAAAAAAAAGGUUUGUUAAUGA